AUGAGGUUAAUUGCGGCCUUCCGCCGGCUCAGCAUGAGCUUGGCGAACCAUCGAGCUUCCCUCUCCUCCGAACUAGGAUCUCUAUGGGACUUCUUCCGCAUCGAUCGAGAGCGCCGCCGCUCCGCACCCGCCUCCACCCCCUUCGACCAAAUCCCACCAAUGGACACCAAAUCCCCCGCCAAACUCGCCAGAGAUCUACUCCAAGUUGUUCACGAAACGGUUUUUUCGAAAAAGUUUGAAGAAAAACGGUGCCCUUUAGUCAAGGAGGAAUCUGAUCUGAGUUCUGACGAUGAAGAUGGAACGGAAAGGAGGAUCGCGAAUUUGAUUGAUUUUUUCUUCACGAUUGUCAAAAGCCAAAAGGAGGAGAGAAAAGGUAGUGGAAGUUGUUUUAAGAGCGAAGCGAGCCCGGAAGAUGCAAAUAACGUAUACGUGCCAACAAAGGUUAACACGGAGUUAGAACACAAGAUGGAAACCCUCAUAGAAUUUCUAGCGACAACAGGCUGUGUUGAAGACAAUAAAGAAGAAAAGAAGAUUACUUUAAUGGAGUUUUUAUUCGGGACAGAAGAAAGGAAGCUAGAAAAUCCUGUUAUUGAAAUAAACGCGAAAGGGAUAAGUCUAUCUGAGUCUAAUGUUAAUGUUAAAAACCUAACGUUUAUAGAUGAAACGCCUGGAGACGAAGGAAGCGAAACUUUAGUUGAAAUGUUACUAAAAUACAUGGAAGAUUACGGUGGAAAAGAAAAGGAAACUCCAAAAUCGUUAUCGGUAACGCAGUCCCUAUCAGUCACGCCAUCUUUAUCAGAAAAAUCCAAAUCUGAUAUGACGAUAAGCAAAUUUGAAACUAUAAGUGAUAUGAGCAAAACCAAAUCAGAUUCCACCUUAACACAUACGCAAGACACUGUAAUAGAUAGAGGAGAAUUUCUGAAUUCUGAAAGAAGAGUUUCAGAGACGGUUUUUGAUUUGAGUAAUAUUAAAUCAGAUCUCGAAGGUAUUUUUGAGGAAGCAGUUUUAAGGGUUUAUGAAUUGAAUAUGAUAUUUGAAGAUGACACAAUGAGUGAGCAAGAGGAUAUGGAAAACUUUACCACGUACACAAAACCUCCUCAAGUUCAAUAUAGUCAACCUUACAGUGUCGAACUAUCAGAUAUAUUAGAGGAAGAUGAGCCAGAACCUUCUUCUAUGGAUAAUCACAUGAGUCAAAUCAGACAAUGUGCUGAGGACUUAGUAAAAUACAUAGAAAAUAAGGUCCAAGAUCAUCCAUUUAAUGAUAGUUCAGGCCCUUCAACGGAAGAAUUUAGUCGAGAAUUUGAUUUGAGUCCAAGUCAAAAAUCAGUGAGCUUAGUAGACUUGAGAAAUAUACCUGAUCUACCACCGAGCAUGAUAAAUAAACCUAAAGUUUUGAGAGUCGAUAAAUCUACAUCUACAACUGAAAUAACGGAAUCGAUAUCUGAAAUGUGUAGACGAAUCGAUUCCGCUUGUAUGACAGAUGAUACAAUAUCUUCUAGUUCGGAAAGAAAUGAAAGGGCUUUAGACAAACUGGAAUCAUUGACUCGAUUUUUCUCGAGAUCUCGAUUAGAAAUAAUCGAUGAAAGUCUUGAAGAAAAUGGCGAUAAAGGCCCAAAGAGUCCAAAUGAAGGUAAAACUCCUAAAGAGGAUGUUCGUAAAAGUGAUAUGUUAGGGUACAAAAUAGGACAAGCGAGUUUGGACGAUGUAGAAGAUAUUUUAGAUGACAAUGAUAGGACAGAUAAAGAUUUGGACAAAACAGAAAAUUUAGAGAAAUGUACUGAAGAUACUUAAACUAUUACACAAGCACAAUUCG